CGAGAAAGCGUGCGAGUCCUUUUCUUCUUUCCUUCCUUUCUCUCGACCUCUCGACUAUCCGGCAUCUGUGUCACGGUUCGACUUCGGUAGUGUUGCCCACCGUUGAUCUUCGCUAAAAACCCCUUAUCUAUUCCAUCUUGAGAAACGUUCCUUGAAACGCCAGAGUAGCGCAAAGCGUGUUUGUAUGUGAUUUGAGUGUUUUUUUGUGAAUUUCACCAUUUAAUGAACCAAAGUACAUCCUUCUGUGUUCUGCUGCGAAGCAUUAGUCCACUGUUGAUCCCAUUUAGUGUAAUAGUUCAUCGUGCUCACACUGGAAUCGUGAUAGGAGUGCCAUAAACAAGUGUUUGCACUUCCGUUUCGGCAAGGAUACACACAUUGGAUACGCAUUAAGUGCACCGAGAUCAGUUGCCAACAGCCAGCUACACAAUGCAUCAGCUCUCGUCACUAUUCAUCCAAAUAUGCGUGAUCGCAGCCUCCGUCCAACCUGGGCUGAGCAUCAAGUGCUACAACUGCGAUUCGACCAGCAAUGAAGAAUGUAUGGACCUGAAACGCAACUCUGCCAUCGUGGCCGAGACCUGCACACCGAGGAAAAUGUCCGAAACAACCGGUAACUGGUUGGCGGAUCUGACACGCAUCGAGUACUUUGGCGGAGCGGAGAUCACCGUGCCGAUGGUGUGCCAGAAGAUCGUCGCCGCCAAUGAAAAUGGUGACACGAUGACGUACCGUGGCUGCCAGCUGGACGGUGGUAAAACGGACCCGUGCGAGAUCGCGUACGGUAAGGCGAAACUGCAGCGUGGCGUAAAGAUCGAGUACUGCUCAACGUGCAAGGACGAUGGCUGCAAUGGGGCACCGCCCCGGUUGGUGAGCUUGACCACCACCUCACUGAUUGGUCUGCUCGUGGCGGCAGCAUUACUGACGCGCGUCGGACAGCAGUUCUUGUAAAACGUAUUGUAACCACCGAAAUCACCGCGAAGGACGACGGAAUGAUGGAUGUUGACCCGUUAGUUUGGUCAAAGUAGCCCGAAUUACAAGACACCCUUUGUACAUAUGAUUUACAUUGAUGAAGUGAUAAAUCAAUUUGGCAUUCAUGCACACGUGGAAUCACGCAACUGAUACAGCAAUGCAGGAGCAGUGCUUUGGGAGCGUAGCUCUUGUAGCGCAUCAAGCGUGUAUCAUUAACGGGAUCGGUCGAACACAUUUAACGGAAGCCAGCAAGAACGCAGAGGACAUAAGGAGUAUCAUCAAGCACUGUCACGCUGUGUGUUGUUGUCACACAGUUCUAAAGUAGUAGAACACAACAUGCUUUCAAGAGUACCGAACGAUCCACAUACUUUAUCCCUUAGCACCAUCGCGAUCACGGCAAUUACUAAACCUUAACUAGUUGAAGAUACUCUGGAAGACACAGUGUCAAAUGAGAUAGAGAUACGUGUUUCAUGUUUUUUCUUUUGCGCGAUCAAUAAGGAGUACACAAAACGCUUUCGAUCAAUUUGAGAAACAAAAACUGCUGCUAGCACUCGAUCAAUUAAUUCGUAAAAACAAAAAGUACUCACCAGCAUGGGAUGCGAGAGACAGAGAGAGACGCAAAUUCACGCAUAUGCCUUCGAUUCGAUAUUAUAAGCAUUUAAUGGAAACUUGCUGGGAAGCAUUAGGUUAAGAUUUUGCAAAUCGUAUUCUGUAUUCGCAAAAAAAUUUCGGAUCGGAUCUUUCAACAAUUCUCACACAACAACAACGAAAAAUAAAUUGGCACCAACGAGCGUGUGGAAAAGGAAACGGAUGAAUUUGAUAAAAAAUAAAUAAAACAACUCAUACCGUGCAAGUA